CAGAUAUAAACACAGAGCUGCUGUUCUUCGCUUCUCCUCACUUUCCUCUCAAGCUGCGCGCAGUUUGUUCCUAAAGACCGAGGCGGAGGGAGAAAAACACCAGGAGGGGACGAUUCCUGGCGCAUUCCCAGGAUGGAGAUUGCCCUGUGCUACAGUCCUCUUCCUGCUUUUGGAGCAGUCUCCUGUCAGCCUGGCAUUAUCUUUUGAACCGCACCAAAGUUAACUUCAACCAAAGAUUCUCCAUCCAAGCCGUCUGUGGCUGAGCUGGCCGGAAAGUUAAAGGGUCACAUUAUGCCAAUGCCCAACUCAAAUGAUGAGUUGCCUUUUCGAAGACGACCUCCUUGUUCUCUAAAGUUACAGAAUCCUACACAAGAUAAGGAAGUGUCGGAUACCUCUGUCUCUCCCACCACCUUUAAAACAAAGAACUCCUCCAUCAUUGAGAAACUGCAGGCCAACCUCGCUCUGUCCCCCACAGCUCUUCUGCCUUCGCCCAAAGGUUCAGAUGUGAAGCUGCAGCCAGCACAGUUGUCGCCCUCCACGCCCUGCUCGCCCCUGAGCCCCACCCUGCGACCGCUGCAUCUGUCCAGCGAAGACGAGGAUCCUGUUAGCUUCGACAGCCCACCUGAAGGGACCCCGCUGCCAAGCUUUAAUAAGACCCGUCCACGAUUAUCAUUCAAGAGGCGUCCGCCUACAAGACAACACAGAAGGUCAGCUGGAGAGGAGGCAGGUGCUACAAGUGACCAUUCCCCGUGUGAACUGGACGCCCCGAAAGAAAAUGGGAACAAGGACCAGGUGUUUGAGAAUCUAACGGAGGAACCUGAAUCCAAGCAGCUGGGCAGCGUAAAAGAAGCUGAAAACAAAGAGAAGGACUUUGAGAAGAUUGAGGCUGAGGUGGCACAGUCUGACCCAGACGACAGACAGGAUCUGGAGCAGGAGGCGGAACAAGACCUACCUGCAGAGGCUUUGCAGGAGGGACAGGAGCCUUUACAGUCUGACGAGAAGAGGGCGGGGGACGUUGAAACAGAAAAGGAGCAGGACGAGACGCCUCAAGUGGCAAAACAAGAAGAAAACGACAAUAUGUGAACUAUAAAAGUCUUUUCUUUCUGGAAAAAUAACAUACAAAUAAGUCUAUAAAUGCAUUCAUUAGGAGAACUACCAUAUUUAAGAGUUGAUCUAUUUAAAAUAUCUCCGCCAUUUGAUUUUAAAUGACUCUGCUGCCCUCUACUGGCUGUCUUUAGAACAGGUCUUUUCUGCACUGGACAGUUGAGAAAAGCAGUUGUUUGGAAAACAGCUGUGGAAACAUGGAAAGAAAAAUCCUCACUUAUACCUGAUCAUGGGAAAUAUUUGUUAAAUUUGCAAAACCCUCUUUUUGCGGAACAUUUUUUUUUUAAGUUCAAGUCUUUGAUACGAGUUCAGCCCCACCCCUCAGGCCUGUCAUAUAUGCAGUACAGAGAGUAACAUUAAAUAAUAGGAUGGAUAAAUGUAUAAAAUACCAGAGACUAGAUUAGGGCUCUACUUUUAUAUAUGUACGAUGGUAAACUAAAUCACUUUAAAUUGAUUGUCCUUAAAAAUACUGUAUAUGUUGGUUUGUGUGCAACAAAAUGUACAAAUGUUCUGACCCUUAUGAAUAUUAAAGUAAAAAUAUUUCUAAAAUCUUUCAAAUUACAGUGCCCUAGACAAUUAUAAAGACUCCUGAUUGUGACGGAUUAAAAGCCUUAAAAGCCUUGGAUUAUUAUCCUGCUGAUAGAUCC